GGCUAUGUUGUCAGAAUUAUUACCAGUUGUGUAGGCAGGUAAAAUUCGUCGCUUUGCUGAAUAUAAUUUAUUUUUCUUUAAUGGUUUUCACUACGAUAAUGAUAGAAUAUUAUCCAUAAUAAAAGUCGUGAAAAUGCUUUAUUUGUUAAAACAACGAAAGGUCACCAAUAAUGAAUUGUAAAAGAUAAUUAAACAUCUGUAAUGGUGUCGCUUACGUUUUUGUUAACGAGAAAUGGAGAGACAGCAGUGUAAUUCACUUCAAAACUUUGAUGACCCGAAAACAGAAAUUUUGAAAAAAAGAUUAUUAAAGGCAACCAGCACUUCCGCGAGUAGUAAUCUAUCUCAGGGCAACUCGCAGCAUAAUGUGCUAUUGAAUACGUUGCGCGCGCCAAUAUCGAGCAGUAUGAUCGUGUCCUCAGUGCAGGCGCCGCAGAGCUCUAUGCCUAUUACUCACAAUUUAGUUACUCAUUCUAUUGCUCCUGUAAAAAUUCACGCAAACAAUUCACCAUAUCCACUACAGUUGUCCACUGUUCAUGUUCCGGUUCAAAUACCUGGUUCCACAUCCAAUAUUAAUGUCCCAGUUCAGUUGUCAGGUACAUCAAGUGGUAUGCCAUUACAGAUAGCUCCAGUAAGUCUUCCUCUGCAAGUCUCUGGUACCACUAGUGUCCCUGUGCAGUUGCCUGCCGGGGAUACUAUUAAUGUUCCCUUGCAAAUUCCAUCUGCAAAUCAGAAUAUUCAACUUCCAACUCUACCGUCUAUGCCACUCUUACAAACACCCACGCAGCCACUCCACAAUUCAAUAAUUCAUUUGCACAUGGGCUCGAAUCCCCGAGCUACAAAUAUAGAUGGUAGUAUAGACAUGAACAUGUCCAGCUCCACUCAACUUCAACUCACAGAUUCUGUUAAAAUGAGCAAUGCCGCAUCUAUGUCUCAAGUACAAGUUGGAUCAAAUUCAACUGUGAUGCAAAUACCAAACUCAUCAAAUAAUCCUAUUCAACUGGCUCUGCCAAAUGCUGGAAAUACUGGAGUACAAUUACGAGGCGCACCCAGAAGCAUGCCCCAUGUGGUGUAUAUACAGACUCCGACAGGACUGAAACCAGUAUCUAGUACUGAAGUCAUUAGUCAGGCCAGUACCAGUGGCAAUCCACCUCAGAUUAUAGUUAGAAGACCUAUAACAAGCAAUUCAAACAUACAUUUAAUAUCGAAUGUUUCGCCAAAACCGAACAUAGCGCCCAAACUACCGGGACAAAAUAAGUCGUCGAUACUCGCGCCGGCCAACACGACACAACCCAUUGUAAUUCAAAAGCCAAAAACAAACGACAAGAUGAUGGUGCCCGUCAGCAUCGCUCCUGGCGCUCCGGGCGCUCCGGGCAAACAGGCUAUUGCAUAUUUAAGUUCUGUUAAAAAACCUAACACAAAAAAUAUUACAGAGAAUCAAUCUAUACUCAUAUCAAGCAAUCAAACGAAUGUGAAUUCUAAUAAUCAAAAAUUAUAUUUAACUCCAAUGAUGCCAAAAAUACAGAACACCAAGUUUAUUGUUCCGGUAACUUUACCGGCUACCAUGGCGUCCAAGGGACCUAUAAUUAAUCUUCAAAUAGCUAAUGGGCAGAUUCAAAACGAUCCACAAGGAAAUAUAACUGUUAUGAGAGAUACGACUCCUAUGGAAGCUUCCGAAAUGCCGCCCUUGGCCAAGAUUGUUGUCAUGAAUGGGAAAGAUACUUGCAUGACAAAUAAUUCUAAAGGUGAAAAGGCUUAUGCAGUAUCGAUAACUGGAUCGAGAGCCGAGCCCACCGGUGAGCAAGGGGAGUAUACACUGUCGAUACCCGAAACGAAUGCGUCAAUGAAUGACGAUAUUUAUACUGUGUCGAUAGCGGAUGAUGAAGGCGGUCAGACGCGUGAGAAAUCUUUCACACUGGCAAUACCGGAAAAAGGCAAAAGUUUACUUAAUAGAAACAUUAUUGACAGAAACGAUUUGGGUCCCGUUACAAUUGCAGCUCCUGCAAUACUGCGUCGCUCUAAUUCUGAUAAUAGUGAGAGAAAAACUGCUAAUGCUAAUAUAAAACGCCGUAUUUCAUUAUGUACGGAGAACCUUUCGAACAAAAACUUGAAAUUAACUUUACCUCAACCGAAAAUUAUGAACAAAUCGAAGGAUCACGUCGAUGGAGACGUCAACGACGACCAUCGGGUGCCGUCCUUGUUCUGUGAUGAGAAACUCGAUAAAGACUUAGAAGCAAAAGUUAAUUUGGGAGAUUCUGAUGCCGAAGAUUAUAAAGAUAAAAUGGAGAUAAAGCCUCUCGAUUUAAUCUACCUUCCCAAAGCAGAGAACUGUACGACGAAAGACGAAGUCAAUGGGAAAGAUAGUAUUAAUUCAAAGUUAGAAGAAGACCCUCCAGGACUUAUUUGGAAUAAUGGAAUUGCACAACUCCGAGGAAGCAACCUCCAUUUCCAAACUAAUGAAUUUGGUCUCAUUGAUCUUAUAGAAAAUUCGAAUCAAAAUGUCUUGACUAACACGGGAGCUAAGUACCACACUCCGCUUAAACAGCGUAUUGAGAGAAACAGGGACAAAAAGCCCACUUCUCCUGAAGAUUUGUACCGCUGCGACGGCUGCGGGUGCCACGGAAUGGCGGCAGAGUUCAUCACACCGAACAUCUGCAGUCUGACCUGCCAGAGCGAAGUUCAAAAGAUGACGCAGAAGAAGAAAGAUAAAGAAAGAGCAGAACUAGCAAAGAAACGAAACAAAAUGAAGAAAUUACUGAUGCGGAAGCAAAUAUCCGACUCCGACAUACUCCAAGAUAAGGACGACAAAAUUCCGUCGAAGCACUACGAUUCGAUUUCCAACGAUAAUCAAAUAUCGGAAGCGGUGCUCAUGAAAAUGAGCGAAGAUAUGAUCGAGAACGAAAAGUACCCGUGGAUGUGCGGCAAGAAUGGCUUCUCGUGGAUGCGCUACCUCGACGUGUGCAAAGCGAAGGCGGCGCCCGUGAAGCUGUUCAGAGAUCCGUUUCCCUACAGUAAGAAUAAUUUCAAAGUCGGGAUGAGAAUGGAAGCGAUCGAUCCGCAACACCCGUCUCUGUUCUGCGUGGUGUCGGUGGCGGAGGUGCAGGGCUACAGGAUGCGGCUGCACUUCGACGAGUACCCGGACAUGUACGACUUCUGGGUGAACGCGGACUCCAUAGACAUCUUCCCGCCGGGCUGGUGCGAGAAGAACGGGAGGCCCCUGAAGCCGCCGGCCGGGUACGAUCCAUCCUCGUUUUCGUGGCCCCUCUAUCUGAAGCAAAUGCGCGCAGUUGCGGCGCCCAGGCAGCUGUUUCAACAUAUCACCACUGCGAUGAUAAAGCCGAACGGGUUCCGCGUGGGCAUGAAGCUGGAGGCCGAGGACCGGCAGAACGAGCUGGUGUGCGUGGCCAGCGUGGCCGACAUGCUGGAUCAGCGCCUGCUGGUGACGUUCGACAGCUGGGACGACGUGUACGACUACUGGGUGGAGCCGUCGUCGCCCUACGUGCACCCCGUGGGCUGGGCCGAGGACCACGGCCUGCCGCUCACGCCGCCCAACUAUUACAAAGACCCAGACACGUUCUCGUGGGAGGGCUACCUGGCGGAGACGAUGUCGAGCGCGGCGCCCCCGCGGGCGUUCAAAACGCGCCCGCCGAUCGGCUUCAAGCCCGGGAUGAAGUUAGAAGUCGUGGACCGUAGGGUACCGUUCCUAAUAAGAGUGGCGACGAUAAGCGCGGUGAAGGGCCACCAGGUGCGCGUGUCGUUCGACGGGUGGCCCGAGGAGCUGGCGUGCUGGCUGGACGACGACUCGCCCGACAUACACCCCGUGGGCUGGUGCCUCAAGACCGGACAUCCACUCGAACCGCCACUCACGGCGGAGGAGCUGCGCAUCCUGGGCCCGUGCGGCGUGGGCGGCUGCCGCGGGCUGGGCUCGGCGCGCGGCGGCGCGCACAAGCAGCACGGCGCCGCCUCCGCCUGCCCCUACCGCCCCGCCGAGCCGCCGCCGCUGCCCGACCGCCUGGCGCCCGGGCCCGCCGCGCACGCGCUGCUGCCGCUCAGGGCACAGAGUAAGCCGAAAUCUAUUUCUACCAGUACGCCUAAUAGUGAUGCGCCCAAGGAGAAACCGCAGCGAGGACGGCCUCCGAAGCACAAAAGAGUCGAGGAAGUCGCUAAAAACGAACCAGUAUCGGAUGACGAAUCCUUAUCGAGCAGCGGCGGGAAGCGCUGGCGUGGCAGCGGGAGCGAGGACAACCGCGCGCUGCGGUCCUUCUCCCGUCGCGACACGUCCGCGCACCGCUCGCCCCCGCACCAGUCGCCCGCGCACCACUCGCCCCCGCACCAGUCGUCCGCGCACCGCUCGCCCCCGCACCAGUCGCCCGCGCACCAGUCGCCCGCGCACCACUCGCCCAGCCACCGCAUGUUCGCGCUGGCGCACCAGGCGCCGCACGCGCCGCGCGCGCUCAUUGCGAGACACAUGGCCGACCUCGCGCUGUCGCCGGACCCCGGCUUGUGGACGCAGAAGGAGGUGGCGGCCCUGCUGUCGCGGAUAGCGGGCGCGACGGUGGGCGCGGCGGCGGCGGCGGCGCGGCUGUCGGGCACCGAGCUGGUCAUGGCGUCGUGCGAGGAGCUGGUGCAGUGCCUGCGCCUGCGCCUCGGGCCCGCCGUCAAGGUGUACGCGACCGUGCGACACCUGCGCAACUCGCUCUCGUGAUCGCUGGCCCUCGCGCACGCGCUCACCGUGCUCGUUUAGUCGUCGACAUGUCUCAUGACAUAUCAUAUUGUGCUGUGCCUUUACUUGCACUCUUCCGAUCGGUCAUUGUGAAUUAUUAUGACGUUUUCGAUUUUAGAUCGUGAUAAGAGUGGUACUAUACAGUGCUUAUGAGUGUAAUUAGUGUAGUCUAUAUGGAUAGAUGUAUAUUGUGUACAAAGUUAUGGACUCAAGUUCUAUUUGUGGAUUUUGUAAAUCAUGGACUUUAACUAAAUGUGUAAAUUGUAAAUUAUAAAUAACACUUACACUACACUUAAGUGUAUAUAACGUGCGCAGUACAUGGUAGAAACUAGGGCUUAUGAGGCCCAUGGUCAUUAAUGUUUUCUAUCUAUAUAAGUUCUCGUUAUUUGUACAGAUUAUAUAAGAACUUUUGAGUCACUUAUUUUUGACUGUCAUAAUAAGAAUAGAAUCGAAGGUUAUUUUUAUGAAAUUGUGUUAGGAUAUAAAUGUAAUUUACAGUUGCAAUAAUAAAAUAAUAUAUUUCAUCGAUUAAUGUCAUCCUUGUUUCAUAUAAAAUUAAAUGUAAAGUUGUUUAAAAACUCUGUUGAAAAGUGGUAUAGAAAACGUAUUUUUGUAUCAAUCGCUAUUUAGAUAAAUUAUAUUUUAUUCAAUUGAAAACAUUUUUUUAAUAAAAAUAUAGGAGUCAAUUUCUUUGACAAUAUUAUCAUAUUAGGCUGUAUAAUAUUAGCUCUUCCUUCGCUUAAGUGAGCCUUCUAAUCUAGCACAAAAUGCAAAAAUUAAUUCAAGGUUUGAGGUUGUGAUUGUAUACAAUAAGUGGGGCAGUCGGGGAACUCUGAUACAAACUACAACAUAUUGUGACAUCAAAUUGUCCUAAAAUUACCUGUUUUAAUUGUUGUAAACUACAUUUCCGUUUAUACUGAUAGUGUUCCGUGAUAGCCACGCUGAUAUUCUCUUGAAAAAAAAAAUGAAUCUAGUUAAAAAAAAAGGAAAUAUUUUGUUAAGUUUUCCUGAACACUCCACAUUAAAAAGAAAAUAUUUUUGAUCUUUUUAAAUCACAUAUAUUACUAUUUGACAGCCUGUUUCCAAAGGUACAGUGACUUGUGAAAUCACUAAAAAAUAUUUAAAACUCUGUUAAAAAUUUAACAGAGCUUUUCUUUUACAUGAAUGGAGUACAUUUCUUAGAUCAAACCAAAGAAGGUUAUAAAUAUUUACCAUUAUUCUUAACACACUGUAUAUAUUAAAACCAAUAGUUAUGUUUUGGUUGAGUCGACUUUUACGUUUACAAAUAUAAUUAUGUAGAUAUUUAUUAUUAAAACAUAGUGCAAUUUAGUAUUAUUUUAGCCUUCAAUAAACUGUAUAUUAGAUAUAAUAUAAUGUUUUGGGUUUUGCUCUCAUGGAAUUAAACUUGCAAAAGUAUAUGAUGCUUUAUGUUUUAAUUAAAUUAAAAUGGGUCCUACGUGCAAGUCAGAAUUAUGUUCUAAACUGUCUACAUUUCAAGAGUCGUGCUGUAUAGUCUUUUUGACUAAAAUAAAAUUUGCUGUAUUUAUAAUUUAUGCCCCUGCUAUAGUCUAAGUUGGAUUUAUUGUAAUUUGUAAAUAUCAAUACACAGAGAAUGAUUGUGGGCUCUGUUAUGUUGCAAAGGAAUUAUUGUCCUCAUUUAUUUGGAUAUAACCUGUACAAGGUGUGAAUAGACAUCUCAUAAGAACCUAAUUUUUUAAAGGAAAGAAAAAAUUAUCAACAAAUGAAAUAGAUUCCAGUGUAAAGGAUUUUACUUUAAUUAUUUCCGUUUCAUCGUUUUAGUUUAAUUUUUUGUUCGUACAUUGUUGAAAUUAAAAAAGAAUGCACUUUACAAAUUAUACUUUGAUUGUUGGUACUAACAAAAAUCGUACUCUUCUUUAAUUUUGACUCAAUCACACUUUUUUUUUUAUUUAAUUUACAAAUCAUAGUUGAGUACAACCUACUUUGCAAAAUGUUCAUAAAUAAAUAAUUGAAAAAAAUGCUAUACACUUAUCUGUUUUAUAAUAAAUUACGUAUUCUGUUAGAAUUGUAAAUAAAUGUUUUGUAUAUCAUCAAGUAGUUACAAUAUUUUUGCAGUGGCCAUGUACAAAGUUACGAUUAGUAUUAGUGUAAGUUUUUACACGUGUCUAGUGCUAAAAUGUGCCAUUAACUUGGCAAAAACUAUUCUAAACUGUUGUUCGGAAAUUAAUAAAUUUUUUGAAAUCUA